UUCACAAAAAAAAACAAAACAGAGCGGACAGGUAGAGAGAGAGAGAGUGAGAGUGACUGACUUGGGGAACUGAGCGCAGAAGCAGGUAGCAGAAGCUAAGCCUUCAUUACAAAAAUGCCAACUCUCGUUCAUCUUCUUCUUCUCCAAAGCUAGGGUUUUUGUAUACUUCAAUCAAACUUAGCAAAGUUAUCAGACUCUGUACUUUUCACACACAAGAUCUUCAGGUGUUGUGGGUCAGGUGGGGCUCUCGAGUAGAAGAGUUCAUUUUGUCUGGUCCUUUUCUGCUUUGAGCCAACAGGAAAUUGAAUAUGCAAACACCAAAAUCAAGAACUGGCUCUUUGGAGGUGCCUAAAAGGACAUCUCUGGCAACACCCCGAACUACAAAACAGCUGAAAAUGCCUGGAUCAGAUUCGGAGGCGAUUCCUUCUCCAAAUCCAGAAAGCAGGACACCCAAAGGCAGAAGUCCUAAAGUUGCAGAGCGCAAAUCACCCCGAAGUCCAGUGCCUGAGCUUCAGAAGAAACGCCCAAGCAAAUUGUCCGAAUUGGAAUCUCAGCUUGCUCAGCUUCAGGAGGAACUGAAGAAAGCGAAGGACCAGCUGAGCUCAUCUGAAUCAUGGAAGACGCAGGCCCAGCAAGAGGCUGAAGAGGCCAAGAAACAGCUAGCAGCCAUGUCAGCAAAGCUCGAUGAGUCCCAGCAGCAGCUGAUGGAACUUUGUGCUUCUGAGGAAGAUCGUGUCCAAGAGCUCCGUAAGAUCUCUCAGGAUCGUGAUCGAGCAUGGCAAUCUGAACUCGAGGCUGUCCAGAAGCAGCACUCAAUGGACUCUACUGCCUUGUCUUCUGCCAUAAAUGAGAUUCAGAAGCUCAAGAUCCAGCUUGAUAGGGUAUCUGAAUCUGAAUCUGCCCAGGCUGAUUAUGCACAAUCAGCACAUGCUGAAAUACAGAACUUACGAAUGGAACUCUCAGAAACUCUCUCCCUGGUUGAAAAUUUAAAAACCCAACUCAGUGAUUGCAGAGAAUCUGAAGCACGGGCCUUGGAAGUUGUUAGUAAAACUCGAAUGCAAUUGGAAAUGGCGAAGACAGCUGAAGAAACUCUCAGAUCUGAAGGCGUUAGAACAAUGGAUGCUUACAGAUCCUUGGCUGUGGAGUUGGAGCAGUCAAAAGCUCGAGUAAAUUUAUUGGAAGAGCUUGUUAGCAAACUCCAAGCUGAUGCUGGUAACAAUAGCAGCAAGAAUUCUGCAGAUGAUUCCUGCAAUGUCAAAGGUGGUAGGGAAAAUGGAGAACAUGAGGAUUCAGACCAGCUCAAAGCAGAGCUUAAUCAUGUGAAAUUUGAAGUGGGUCAAUUAAGAUCAGCUUUAGAUGCAGCUGAGAGAAGGUACCAGGAGGAAUAUAUUCAUAGCACAUUGCAGAUUCGAAGUGCUUAUGAACUAGUGGAGCGCUCAAAAUCAGAGUCAUCAUUGAGAGAGGCUGAAUUGGAGUCGAAUUUGAAGAAGGCAAAAGCUAACAUUGAAGAGUUGAAGGCAAAACUGAUGGCCAAGGAAACUAAAUUGCUUGAUAUUUGUGAGGAGAAUGAAGGACUGAAUCAAAAGAUUGAGAAAAAUCAGUCAACUGAAAAGGAAUCGAAAUUGGAAUCAGAGAUGAAGAAUUUUGAGGUAGAUUUGGCAGAUUUGAAGGCAAGUUUGUUGGAUAAAGAAACCGAAUUGCAGGGUAUAACUGAGGAAAAUGAGAUGCUGAAGUUCGAAAUCAAGAAGAGAGAGAUGGAGCGGAAUAAAGUGAAUGAUGAGGCUUUAGCUUCCGCAGAAGCAGCUAGGGCUGCAGAGCGAGAAGCACUUAUGAAGCUAGGCUAUUUAACUGAGGAAGCCGAUAAAAGUAGCAGAAAAGCUGCUCGGGUUACUGAACAGCUCGAUGCAGCGCAGGCUGCAAAUUCCGAGAUAGAAGCCGAGUUGAGGAGAUUGAAAGUGCAAUCGGACCAGUGGAGGAAGGCUGCAGAGGCAGCUACGGCUAUGCUUUCAACGGGGAAUAAUGAUAAGUUUGUGGAGAGAACAAGGUCGCUCGACGGCAACUACCAUACUAUUGGUGGAAAGCUAGGUUCACCUUUCUCGGAAGAGAUGGAUGAUGAAUCAUCACCCAAGAAGAAAAAUGGUAACAUGUUAAAGAAGAUUGGUGUGUUGUUGAAGAAGAGCCAGAAGUAGUUGCAUUGUUUGGCAGAUUUUUUGUGGCUGCCAAGUAUUGAAGAGAUUUUCUAGGAAAACCCCUUUUUUCUGUCCUUGUAUAGCUAUCUGGAAAUGGAUGAACUUUGUAUUUGGUUUCACUUGCCAUAUGUGGUAGGUUUUGAUGGACACCCUAAGGAUUGUAAUAUUUUUCUGUUGUAACUUUCUGUUUAUGGUUUAAUUGAUUGGAGAAUAGAAACUGGUAUGUUCUUGUUGUUUGGACAUAAUGGUAAGGUGGUACACUCUCAGAAUAUCACUCUUUGGCUAAUGGUUUUUGCACAUUACA